AUGCGCGAGCAUUAUCGUGAACAGAAUGGUGUGUAUGAAAGUGCCCUCUUCUUAGAUUCCGGUGGCUUCAAACUUCUCUACAAUACAGGUCUGGAUCUGGAAGAAUUUGGAAUUCACAAGGAAACAGAGGCGGAGGACAUCCUCAAUCUGCAAUUAGGUUUUGAGGGCGAUAUAGUCGCCUCUUUGGAUUACCCGCUUCCACCCAACUUAGCACGUCCGGAAGCUGAAGCACGGAUGAAACAGAGUCUCGCAAACGCGGUCCAGGUGGCAGAACGUUUGGCAACAAACACAAGCGAGAUGCGUACGGUGCCUUAUCUUUACACCUGCUGUCAUGGGCAAUCUGGAGAGGACACCUCGGAUUAUGUGACCCAACUCUUUGCCCAAAUGGGUGGCAUAUUACCCUCAUUCGGGUUGGCUGUCGGAUCACUUGUGCCUUUACGUGGUAGAGACGAUUCGGAAGUGAUGGCGCUGGUUAACGGUGUCGUCCAAGCAAUCCCAGAUAAUCGGCGGGAUACGACUCCUAUUCACGCUUUCGGUGUUUCAGGCGUUCUCACGCCACUCCUCGCUUAUAUCGGUGUUGACACAUUUGACAGUUCUGGCUAUAUUCAUACAUCUCGGAGUCUCACAUAUUCUCAACCGCACACCCAAAAGAAACUUAGAAUCAUGGAGAUGGAUGAGAGGGACUGCAAUUGUUACAUCUGCGAAGCAUACCCGCUCCAAGAAAUUCAGCAGGCGUUCAUGGAUAAACAGAGUUAUAGAGCCACCUCCACAGGCAAGUUUAAGAGCGAGUACUAUGCGGCUAUUGGGCUUCAUAACUUCCAGACGGAAGCCGAUAUUCUCGAUGAAAUGCGUACCGCAAUUGCGGCAGACGAUGCGCUUGAAGGUUUAGUCCGACACCUUGCUAAAUACCAGAACUUCCGAGGGUUGCGGCGUGCAACAGCAUGGCUUUCCGAAAACGAUAGGACGCUCGCAGUCCGAUUGGCUCGAACGUUAGUUCAGAUGCCCACACCUACGAAAACGAAGCACACACAGCAGACCUUGAAUCAGUUAGAACUCUUUCCGUCUGAUUACAAGAAAGCUGAGAACAAAAUCCAAACUGUCCAAGGAGAUAAAGAGUCUCAAACGGUCUCGCUGGCAUAUACCCCUGAUGACUUUCGGGUUCCUUGUGAUUAUAAACCGCCUGAUGGAAAAGAAAUUCUCCUUGCGAUUCCGUGUGCUGGAAAGAAACCGUACUCACUGUCACGUACGCACACGAUGAUCACAAACAGACUUCAAACUGCUUUCGGGGAAGGACAGGAGCGUAUCCACAAAAUAACGCUCUCUGGACUUUACGGUCCCGUUCCUGAAGAAUUUGAGACAGAGGACGCUGUCAUCCGCUACGAUUUUCAGCUCUCCCAUAAGAACACCGCCCAAAUUGAACAGUGUGCAACGCGUUUGGUCGAUUACCUACAAAAAUAUAGCGAUAGUUAUACACUUAAAAUAGGAUACGCGACAAGCAGAGCAUAUAGGGCGGUCUUUGAACUCGCAGAGAAGCGUUUUCCAACGUUCAUAUUGUUGCCGAAAGAACUUAGACAGAAACGCUUAGCCGAAUUCUUCAGGCAUACGAACUUAGAUGCUUUGGUUGAGGUAAUACAAGACAAAUUAUAG